CUCCCCCUCCCCCAACCCCUUCUCCCCUGAUUUAGAUUAAGAUUCCCCCUACCCCCGCUCUCCUGAGAUGGGCCAAAGCAACAACCAGCAAACAAACCCCAAACCCCCAAAGGCAGCACGGAAAACAUCUUGAAGAGGAGCGAAGGAAAUCGACGCGGCGUGUUGUGUUGUUUGUGUGUGUGUGCGUGUACAUACAACCUUCCCCGGCUUCAGCCUCCCCGGCCGACACCCCGCUCUGGGCGCAGGGAUGGCCGGCAGGGGGACUGCGGGGUACCAGAUAUGGUCAGUGGUGUAGGUUUUCGGUGCACUUACUCCAACCCGGAUCACUCAUGUAAUUAGAUCAGGCUGCCAUGGCAACAGGCAGUGUUCCUUGUCCAUUCAGGUCUUUACCUCACAAAAACUACAAGCACCAAGCUCCCUGAUGGAAAGGAGCACCGUACAGCAAGUCACCAGGGUGGUCCAUUCAAACUGCAGAUUGGUUUGUCACCCUUGUACAGAAGUCUCCUCCUCCACGGCUGCUACAGGGAAGUGCAUCACAUAUCAGCGUGCUGGAGCGAAAUGAAGGGCUUUAUUCUGAGGCCUCCGCAGUGGUGCUGCUGCAGACCAUGAGCAAGGGAGAAAGCGUGGACCUCAGCGCGCACGGAUGGUCUUGAAACACAAGUGGUUUGGGGUCUAGGCAUUUUACAGCGAGUUUUCUACUGCCACCCUUUCUGCUCAAGCAACAUUCGUGUAAAAAGAUCUACUGGGAAGGAACUGACUGCUUAUGUGUCUCCAUUGUGAUGAAAGCACAUGGUACAGUUUUCCAAAGAAAUUAGUCCAUUUCCUGGGUGCAGAGAAACCAACCUGCUGUUUUCAUAUGGUUUUUCUCCCUUCUCUGUGACGGAAGAAAGAGCACGCCUGAGCCCAGGAGCACUCCAGCUCUCGCGGGAAGUCUCCAUGGUGAAGGAAGGCUGGGGCUCCCGGUGAACCGCGCACGGUGAAUGUUUUUUAUGAAAAAUAAAUACAACUAGUGUGAAUUACAUUGAAGUUGGAAGAUUAAAAUCCUUCUCUAGAUUUGAUGGUUUCUUUAUUGGAAGAAAUUUGGUAAAGCAGAUGGUAGCCCAGAGGUCGGUAGAGAUUGAAAUAUGAAUGACUUAGGAGACGAUGGAGACACCUCGCGCCUGGUCCGGGAGCAGGGGCUUCCGGCUGAGAACAGACACCCAGAUUCUCAUCGCGCGCCGACCGCUCCGGAGCCAUCGCAAGCACCUUUCCGUCUCUGCGCCUUCGCCUCUGUGCCUUCAAAAUGAAGAGUUUUCACUCCCUCAAACAGCAUCAUUUAAAUGUACAGGGUGGGGAAGAGUCGAGAGCUGCUGCUGGUGGAUUGCACCCACGGGGAGAUGAUUCCUCAUGAAGAGCCUGGAUCCCCUACAGAAAUCAAAUGUGACUUUCCAUUUAUCAGACUAAAAUCAGAGCCAGCCAGACAGUGAAAUAGUCAUCGUGGAGGGGGGACGGCGAAAAAUGAAAUCCAACCAAGAGCGGAGCAACGAAUGCCUGCCUCCCAAGAAGCGCGAGAUCCCCGCCACCAGCCGGCCUUCGGAGGAGAAGGCCACGGUCCUGCCCAGCGACAACCACCGGGCGGAGGGCGUGGCAUGGCUCUCGGGCAACCCUGGUGGCCGAGGUCACGGGGGUGGGAGGCAUGGCCCAGGGACUUCGGUGGAGCUUGGUUUACAACAGGGAAUAGGUUUACACAAAGCGCUAUCCACGGGGCUGGACUACUCCCCACCCAGCGCACCCAGGUCUGUCCCAGCGACCACCACCCUGCCCACAGUGUACCCUCCCCCGCAGUCAGGGACUCCGGUGUCGCCCGUGCAGUAUGCCCACCUGCCGCACACUUUCCAGUUCAUUGGGUCUUCCCAAUACAGCGGGCCGUACACAGGGUUUAUCCCUUCACAGCUGAUCUCCCCAACGGCCAGCCCCGUCACCAGUGCAGUGGCCUCUGCUGUGGGGGCCACCACUCCAUCCCAGCGCUCCCAGCUGGAGGCCUAUUCCACCCUGCUGGCCAGCAUGGGCAGUCUGACCCAAGCCUCAGGACACAAGGCUGAGCAGCAGCAGCAGCACUUAGGCAGGACUCCGGGGCUCAUCGCACCAGGGUCCCCACCACCCACCCAACAGAACCAGUACGUCCACAUUGCCAGCUCUCCGCAGAACGCCGGGCGCACGGCCUCUCCCCCGGCCAUCCCCGUGCACCUCCACCCCCACCAGACGAUGAUCCCACACACGAUCACCCUGGGGCCCUCCCCCCAGGUCGUAGUGCAAUACACCGACUCUGGCAGCCACUAUGUUCCUCGGGAGGCCACCAAGAAAGCGGAGAGCAGCCGGCUGCAGCAGGCCAUGCAGGCCAAGGAGAUCCUGAACGGGGAGAUGGAGAAGGGCCGGAGGUAUGGGGUUCCCACCUCCGCCGACCUGGGCUUGGUGAAGGCCGGCAGCAAGUCAGCUCCUCACCCCUACGAGUCCAGGCACGUGGUCGUCCACCCCAGCCCCUCCGACUAUGGCAGCCGGGACUCCUCGGGGGUCCGGGCCUCUGUGAUGGUCCUGCCCAACAGCAACACGCCCGUGUCCGACCUGGAAGUGCAGCAGGUCACGCACCGCGAGGCCUCCCCCUCCACCCUCAACGACAAAAGCGGCCUGCACUUAGGGAAGCCCGGACACCGAUCCUACGCACUCUCACCCCAACAAGCUCUGGGCCCCGAAGGCGUGAAGGCCGCCGCCGUCACCACGCUGUCACCCCACACGGUCAUUCAGACCACACAUAGCACUUCGGAGCCACUCCCAGUUGGACUGCCAGCCACAGCCUUCUACGCAGGGACCCAGGCGCCUGUCAUCGGCUACCUGAGCAGCCAGCAGCAGGCCAUCACCUACGCCGGCAGCCUGCCCCAGCACCUGGUCAUCCCCGGCUCCCAGCCCCUGCUCAUCCCGGUCGGCAGCGCGGACAUGGACGGGUCGGGAGCAGCCUCUGCAAUGGUCACGUCCUCACCGCAGUUUGCAGCAGUGCCUCAUACGCUCGUCUCCACCGCCCUUCCCAAGAGUGAGAGCUUCAGCCCAGAGGCCCUGGUCACCCAGGCCGCCUACCCGGCCAUGGUGCAGGCCCAGAUCCACCUGCCCGUGGUGCAGUCCGUGGCGUCCCCGGCAGCCGCUCCCCCGACGCUGCCCCCCUACUUCAUGAAAGGCUCCAUCAUCCAGUUGGCCAAUGGGGAGCUAAAGAAGGUGGAGGACCUGAAGACGGAGGACUUCAUCCAGAGCGCAGAGAUCAGCAACGACCUGAAGAUCGACUCCAGCACUGUGGAGAGGAUCGAGGACAGCCACAGCCCCGGCGUCGCUGUGAUCCAGUUCGCCGUCGGGGAGCACCGGGCACAGGUCAGCGUAGAAGUUUUGGUCGAGUAUCCUUUUUUUGUGUUUGGACAGGGCUGGUCAUCCUGCUGUCCAGAGAGAACCAGCCAGCUCUUUGAUUUGCCGUGCUCCAAGCUCUCCGUUGGGGAUGUCUGCAUCUCGCUGACCCUCAAGAACCUGAAGAACGGCUCUGUUAAGAAGGGCCAGUCGGUGGAUCCCGCCAGCGUCCUGCUGAAGCACUCAAAGACCGACACCCUGGCGGGCAGCAGGCACAGGUACGCGGAGCAGGAGAACGGAGUCGGUCAGGGCGGUGCCCAGAUGCUCUCUGAGAAUGGCGAACUGAAGUUUCCAGAGAAAAUGGGAUUGCCUGCGGCGCCCUUGCUCUGCAAAACAGAACCCAGCAAGCCGGCGACCAGGAAGAGGAGGUGGUCGGCGCCCGAGACCCGCAAACUGGAGAAGUCGGAAGACGAGCCGCCUUUGACUCUUCCUAAGCCUUCUCUAAUUCCUCAGGAGGUUAAGAUUUACAUUGAAGGCCGGUCUAAUGUAGGCAAGUAGAAGCACGCGGGGAAGGAAACUCGGCUCCCUUAUCAUUUGUAUCCAGAUUACUGUACUGUAGGCUAAAUAACACAGUAUUUACAUGUUAUCCUCUUCCUUUAGGUUUCUGUUCUAACCUUGUCAUUAGAUUACAGCUGGUGUUGCGCAGGAGACUCUUGCAUAUGCUUUUCCCACGCGUGUCUGUGAGUGGGCGAGCGGGGGCCGGAGCGGGCCGGCGAGGCCCCGGGCACCCCGUGGGAAUGAAUGUGGCUGCAGAGCGCCCACCUUUUCUAGCUGCGCGGAAGCAUCCGCGGGGCGCCGACUUCUGCCGGCUUCACAAGGAAGGGAGUUGCGGGGGUGCGUGCGUGCGGGGUGCCACAGCAGGUGAGGGUCUUUUUCUCUCCGCCUCCCCCUGUCUCACUCUCUGUUGCUCUCAGCACGGGAUUGGAGGUCCAGAGAACUGUCCUCAGGAGGUCUCACGUGCAAAAUAAAUAUCAGGAAUCCAGCUUCAGGGCAUCUUAGAAAGGCUUCGACAGCAGAUGGAAAGCUAAUCGUGUAAAGGAACAUUUUUUCCCCCCCUCCAACAUAUUUUACAAUAAAAGCAACUUUUAAUCCUAUAGAUAUAUAUAUAUUUCCCCCUAUGGGGCCUGACUGCACUGAUUUUUUUUUUUAAAGAGCAACUGCCACACGUGGGAUUUUGUUUCUGCUUCACUAGUGCAGUGACAUCUCCAGGGUGUCUGGUGGGCAGGGCAGCCCCGCUGCGUGGCUCCACGUGGGGGCGGGUGGGCCGCGGGGCUGGAGAGUGAACACCCACUCUGGUUUCUGUGCAGUUUUAGGAAAACCAAUCAGGUGAUUGCAUUGACUUCGCUCCCAAGAGGUAGACUGAACUGCCCUUCCGAGAGCAGAUGAAGCUGUUCACAUUGGGUUUGCAAAUCUUUUGUCUUUUAACUAUAGUACUGUUUAUAGUUCAUGACUAUGGACAACUCGGGUGCCACUUUUUUCAGAUUCCAGUGUGACGUGAGGAAUUAGAUUUUGAAGAUGAGCAUAUAUGUUACUCUCUCUAAGCACUUAAAAUGCUGUUCACACUUUAUUACCAAGCAUCUUGGUCUAUCAUUCAACAAGUACUGUAUCUCACUUUAAAGUGUUUGGGAAGAAAAAAAAAAAUCUAAGUUGCUUUCUUUUUUCAACACUGUAACUACAUUUCAGCUCUGCAGAGUGUCUCACGUCAAGAUAUUCCGUUUCAAUGUGGUUUAAAAGGAUGAAUGUGAAUUAUGAACUAGUAUGUGACAAUGAAUGACCACCCAAUUCAGCCUGGCAGGAAGGCACUUUUCACUUUGAUGUCUGAGAAAGAAUUAAAGGCAUAUGCAGAGAAACUGAGAGGAAGGGAUGGAAAAAAAGAAUACUCAUGUUUGUCCAGUGUUUUUCUUUUUAAGAUGAACUUUUAAAAACCUUGCGAUUUGCACAUCUUGAGUUUAUAAUUUGUGUGAUAUUCCUGCAGUUUUUAUCCAAUAACAUUGUGGGAAAGGUUUGGGGGACUGAACGAGCAUAAAUAAAUGUAGCAAAAUUUCUUUCUAACCUGCCUAAACUCUAGGCUGUUUUAUAAGGUUAUGUUCCUUCAGAUUUUAUUUUGGUCUUUCCAGCACUUCUGUCACAAAAACCAGGUCUUGGCAGGACAACUCUGAGAAUUUCUUCAGAUUCAUUGAGAACGUUUUCCAUAAAGACAUUUAUAUAUCCACUCGUGUGGACUCAGAAAAACACACACCACCUUUUGGCUUACUUCGAGGAUUGAACUAACUGGAUCCACAACACCAACACUAAAAUGGGAAAACGUACAUGGUCUGGAGCAAUAGGAAACAGGAUCGUCGUUUUUGUGCUUCUAUUUCAGGUAUAGGAAUUAUAAGAGGAUUGGUUCUUUCUCCACAUUGUCCCAUUUCAUUCUGCCGCUUCGUUAGCAUGUGCAAUACUGUCCGUGCCAAUAGAGUCUGACCGGUGUGCUCUAGUUCAAGCUCCACCCUUCAGGCUUUUUCCUUGUUCGAAGGGAAGGAGCCGGAAGGGGAGAGCCCCCAGCUGCGAGCUCCCCCUGCUGCUGUGGAUGCUGAGUGCUGGGCAGGAGCCUUCAGGAGCCCAGGUGUCUGUCGCCAUGUUGCAGAAGGAGCAAAGGAGAUCUAGGGGCCGAGCUUCAGUUCCGCUGUCACCACGAGGACUAGUGAAUGUGGAGUGUGGAGAGGAAGGAGGCAGAGUCAUUUCUAAGGUGGACUCUGGAGCAAUACAGCCAGCAUCAACCCAUUUUCCACGCCCUUUUCCAGUGGGCAGGCCCCUCCUCAGGUCUGUGUCCUUGAGACUUUGAGCUGUGCCUCUGAGCCCGCAGGAAGUGUGGCCUGAUGCCUGCGUGCUCUCUGAGCGUGCCGGCCCGUGGCUGUGGGGGCCACCCGUCGGCACUGCUCACCACUCUGUGGCAGCUUUCUCUUCAAAUAGGAAGAACAUCCAGGGGACAGGGAACCUCCUCUUUUUUGCAGACAUGGGGAGCCUGAGGCUCCCAGGGCAGCUUUGUCACCACUCCCGUGUAGCAAACCUAGCAAUGACAGGCGUAGAAAUUCUCCGGUGCCCUGCAGCUCACGAGGGUCAGCCAUGUGCCUCUGUACUAUGGUCCACUUUGCAAUAUCUACUGACAGCUGUCUUUAGUUCUUUCUUUCCUGUUUUCCAUUUUUAAACUAAUAACAGCAGGCCUUUUGCGUUUACAAUGGAACACAAUCACCAAGAAAUCAGUCAGGGUGAAAAGAAAAAAUAUAAUAAGAAACCAACAAACAAGAACCUCUCUUUAUAGGGAUUUCUAAAUAUAAAAAAAAAAAUGACUGUUCCUUAGAAUGUUUAAGAAUUACUUCGGUUUGUCUGGGCCACGUUGGGGUGGAGAUAAAGAGAUGGGUGCCACUUACCUCGAACCUUUUGAAGUGGAAAUCCAAAUUGUGUUUUCAUUUGGAUUUUCAGGAUCACUUUUCUAUGUCAGUCAAUCUUUUGUUUCCCCCAACUCGCCCAGUUCGGUUUGGAACGAUGGGAAUGUUUUUCAUUGCUGUUGUCGAUCCCAUUUCUAACUCUGAACCGUGACCCUAUGUGUUUUUUGUUAGGUGAGUGUGUUGGGUUUUCCCCAGCAGGAAGUGGCGCAUCUUCCUUCCCUCCAAGGAACUCUGCGGAACCUUUCACACCUCUUACUCAGGGACGGCUGGCGUGUGUGUGGUACACUGAUGUGCCCAGAAGCAGCACUUUGACUGCUCUGGAGUAGGGUUGUACAACUUCAAGGAAUGUUUGGAUUUCCUGCACCUUGUGGAUUACUCCUUAGAUCCUGCAUAGAUUGCAAUAUAACGCUGCGUGUUCACGAUGAACAGUGGCUCCUAGUAAUCAUAAAAUCCACUCUUUGCACAUAGUUUGAUCUUUACUGAAAUAUGUUGCCAAAAUUUAUUUUUGUUGUAGCUUUGGAAUUUUGUUUGUUUGUUUGUUUGUUUUUUAAGGAAACAAUUGACAAUACCCUUUAACAUCUGUGACUACUAAGGAAACCGAUUUCUUUCAUCGAGAGAAAAAUCUCAACUGCUUUUGAAGACACUAAUGCCACGCUAUUUCAGAGCUGGGAGAAGCCGCGAGCUCUUGGGGCAGAAGGCCAGGCUUUUUGAGCUGCGUUGGUUGUCAUGGCUACUGUUUCAUGAACCGCAAACAGCUCAACAAACUGUGGUCUGUUCUCUCCUAAAACCCUUUGCACUUCCGUUUCCUAGUCACCGUGAUGGUUCCUGGUGGAGACGGGCCGGCCAUCUCCGUGGCCAGUCCAGCUCCUUGGGUGUGAUAUGAAAGAAAAGGGAAUCAUGCUUUUUGAAUUCUUUAAAGGGGAGUGGAGGCCUUUGCUUCCUCUUUGUGUUUUCGACCCAGAAUUUCUGAAAUAGACAAUUUAAGACAACAUCAAGUAAUAAAUAUACAGAGAAUAUACUUUUUCUAAAGCACAUGCAUAUGCUAUUGUGUUCGGUUGGUUUCCUCUCUUUUCCACAGACAGUGUUGUGUUUCUGUUGAUAGGGAAACUCCAAACGAUUUGCACACCUCUACUCUGGAGCUGAGACUUCUUCUCCAUAGAUGACCUCGCUUCAAAUGUUACCUUACUGAUAGGAUCUUUUCUUGUAGCACUAGACCUUGUGGGGAUUUUCUUUUUUCUUUCUUUUUCUUUUCGAUGUACACCUAAUUUGAGACGCUGAAGAAAAACAAUUUUUUGAGGCACUCACUUUGUGGAGUACAGGUAAUGUUUUAAAAAAAAAAUUGCACAAAAGAAAAAUGAAUGUCGAAAUGAUUCAUUCAGUGU